AUGACAUGGUUGGCACUACUUUAUCUGGAAAGUAUGUCUCUCGAUGAAGCAGAGGCCAUGAUUGACAGGCUAUAUGUAGCCGAAUCCCAAGCGCCCCAAGUCCAGAAUAUUUUCUUGGUGGAUGCGCAAUUGAUGCAAGGCCACUUGCAGAUGCGAAGGCAGAAAAUUGAUGAUGCUGUAUCUAUCUUCAAGCAUUGCACCAAACUUUACGCCAACAUCGCAUCGAUUGCAUCCGUCGGCACUGCAUCUGCUCUCAUAAGUGGUGUUGAAGCAAUGUUGAUGCAGGGAAAUGUCGAAGAAGCCACUCAAAGCCUUUACGAAGCAGAACAAAUCCAGAAAGAUAUAGGCAGCGCUCGCGCCGUUGGAAUCCGCGUCAAGUGGGAUAUGGCACGCCAUAGCUUGCGUUUGGGAGAUCACAUUCGCGCUAUUAGCCGCUACCAGGACCUGUGCGAGGAGCAUGAAACUAACCACGAUUUAGUUGGUCCCCCUCUCCACCGAUGGGAGUCUCUUCACUGCGAGCUGGGCGAUGUAUAUCUAAACUUGAGUGAUGUACAAAAAGCCAAAGCAGAGUACGAUAUUGGACGGGCCAGUGCAAGCCGGAGAUCCAGGUCUUUGAAGAUCGAUCCGAGAGAUAUUUAUGGCUUGUACACGGGUCAUUGGAGAGAACAAAGUUCGUUCCUUAUUUGGAAGGAUGAGGAAUUACCGCCCUAA